AUGCCUCCUCCCGUCACCGACCUUUUCGGAGGCUCGCAGCGCGUCAUCAGCGACGUGGCGGCCUGCAGCCUGCCCCUUUGCCUUGGCCCCGCCUCCGCCACCGCGGACGACUCUCGCUACCUGAAGCGACUGAAAGCAACCGUCCUUUCGUCUUUUCCGGCCUUUGUGUCGGUGCAACACGGACAGCAGCUGCAGCAGCCGUCGUGCGCUCAGCAGGCGGCGUGCUCGGACCGCCAGCAAUAUGCGCCUGCGCGUCGCACACCUGCCCGCGACCAGACGAAGCCGCCAAAGAUCCGGCGCGUGGCCUGCAUAGAGGAGGAGCGGCCGGGGCGAGGAUACGACCCUGAAUUCCUCGCGCACUGCUACGCGGAUGAGGCCAAGGGCGCGCCGGACUGCGGCUACCUGGGCUCUGUGCAGCGCGAGGUCGACGCGCACAAGCGCCUGGUGCUGGUGGACUGGCUGGUGGAGGUGGUGGACGAGUUCAAGCUGGCGCAGGGCACGCUGUUCCUGGCGGUCAACCUGGUGGACCGGUACCUCUCGCGACGGCCGGUGCCGCGCGCAGCGCUGCAGCUGCUGGGCGUGACCGCGCUGUGGCUGGCGUCCAAGUUCGAGGAGGUGUACCCGCCCACGCUGUCUGACUUUGUGGACGUCACCCAGCACUCGUGCACCGCCGCCCAGCUGGUGGAGAUGGAGGCUCACCUGCUGUGCGAGCUCGGCUUCACACUCAUGGUGCCCACAGCCGUCACAUUCCUCGCGCUCUUCCUGCCGGCCGCAGCAGCCAACGCCGCGGACGCGGACGCGUACCUGUCCGCAGCCAUCGACGGCGACGGCUGCGACACCGCGGCGUGCCUGGGCGAGUUCCCGCGGCGCGUGGCCCACUUGGCGGAGUACCUGGCUGAGCUGUCGCUGCUGACGCCGGAGUGCCUGCGCUUCCCGCCCUCGCUGGUUGCCGCUGCCGCUCUGAACCUCGCCUGCAGCCUGCUGGACGCCGCCCCCGGCGCGCGCGCGCGGCUAGCGCCGGCCGCGGAGGCGGCGGCCGCGCAGGCGGGGCCGGGCGGGGAGGAGCGGCUGCGGGCGUGCGUGGCGGAGCUGCGGCGGAUGUAUGCCUACGCCGCGCGCGCGCCCAGGCCGCCGGCAGUGAAGACCAAGUACUGCUCCUCAAAGCGCUCCUGCGUGGCGGCCAUGCCGCCGCCGCGCUGGGCCCUCGACGCAUGA